GACUCUCUCUCCCUCCCUUUCCCCCUCUCUCUAUCCCUCUGUGCUGUAGGAGCUGGGUCUGAUCCGUAAGCCAGCCUCCUUUAUGACCAGUAUCUGUGAUGAGAGGGGCCAGGAGCUCAUCUACGCUGGAAUGCCCAUCACUGAGGUGUUCAAGUCGGAGAUGGGCAUGGGAGGAACCCUGGGACUGCUCUGGUUCCAGAGGAGGCUGCCCAGUUAUGCUUCCAAGUUCAUUGAGAUGUGUCUGAUGGUGACUGCUGACCAUGGUCCUGCCGUCUCCGGUGCCCACAACACCAUCGUGUGUGCCCGUGCUGGCAAAGACCUCAUCUCUAGCCUCACCUCUGGCCUGCUCACCAUCGGGGACCGGUUCGGAGGGGCCCUGGACGCUGCAGCCAAGCAGUUCAGCAAGGCGUUUGACAGCGGCAUGCUGCCCAUGGAGUUUGUCAAUAAGAUGAAGAAGGAGGGCAACCUGAUCAUGGGCAUCGGACACCGGGUCAAGUCGAUCAACAACCCAGACAUGCGGGUGCAGAUCCUGAAGGACUUUGUGAAGAAGAACUUCCCCUCCACCCAGCUGUUGGACUACGCCAUGGAUGUAGAGAAGAUCACCACCGCCAAGAAACCCAACCUGAUCCUGAAUGUGGACGGUUUCAUCGGAGUAGCCUUUGUGGACCUGCUCAGGAACUGUGGUGGAUUUACACGGGACGAGGCUGAUGAGUUUGUGGAGAUCGGAGCGCUGAAUGGAAUCUUUGUCCUGGGGCGGAGCAUGGGCUUCAUCGGACACUACCUGGAUCAGAAGAGGCUGAAACAGGGUCUGUACCGUCACCCUUGGGACGACAUCUCCUACGUUCUCCCCGAACAUAUGUCCAUGUAACCACGGAAACCAGACCAUGGACCCCCCCCCUCCCCCAGUUACCCCACCACUGUACCCUAACCUCCACCCCCACCUGUGCUGUGUUCGGUCAGCCCCAAGUGGUGGGAGAGCAACAAUGAGGACUGAUAUUAUUAUAGAUGUGUCUUUGCAACAGUAGUAAGGACAACCCUUUUUAAAUGAAUACGGUUUCAGUUUUUUUAAAUCAGUUGGCUGAUCAAACAUGCCGCAACCCCGUUAAUAAUAGCAAGGCCUGCAAAACUGUGAAGCCGCUCUCAGUCUGUGUCUGCUAGAGAGAUCAAGCAAGCUGCAGAGUGUGAAAAGAGGCUCAUUCGUUGGUUGACCCUUAAUAGUGUGGGAGUGCAGUUAAUGCAAUUCUCUUCCCAAGAUUACCAGUAGGGAUACAGAUGAUUGUCUUCCUAUUUACUGCCAAUACUACUACUACUACAACUUCUGUACUACACCUAUGCCUACAGUGAAGUACGUUGAUGAGACUAUCAUCUCUCUCCGUAAACCAAGCAUGUGUCUGUGUAUCACAGACUUCCUGUGUGUCGCUGUGCAGUUCUCUUUCUUAUUAAGUGUGUCGGUGCCAUAUUUAAAUCAUACGCUUUCUAUCAGGGGUUGAGCCGUAGUGCAAUAAUACUAGCUACUGCUUUACAGUUCUAUAGAUUAUAACUUUAUUUAUGUAUAGAUGUUUUAACAGCUGAGUAAAUACAUGUAAUAGAUAGUAUUAAGCAUCCAUUGUUUUGAUGUACUGUAAAUGCCCACGAAACUGUUGUGUUUAGACCGUAAGAUAUGCAGCUGACCGAGCACAUUGGGCUGUAAAUACAGUGAAAAGCUCAUCCUGUGUCCUAAACAGGACGGUGUCCAGUAUGGCAACGGUACCAUAGAAUGCAGCAUUAUUUAUCUGAACGUCACUAGCUAGACUAGCUCCAUUGUGACCGGCUAUUUCUCGUAAGAUGUGUCUAUCUGCCUGUACUAUUUGUGUUGUCAUGUCAACACAAUUUGUUUGAUUUAAAUGUGAUUAGUGAACUGAACGUGCCUCUGUAGAGAUGUGUUGUAAUAUAUUUUCAGAACGUUGUGACUGAGUAUAUUAAAGAUGACCCAUUGGAACACAGCUCUGUCUGGUGUUUCCGGUGUCGCGGAUCAUACAAUAAAUGUGCUAUAAUUGUAA